AUGCAAUUUACCAUCUUUACACACCUGACUAUAGCACUCUCAUACGCUGUUCCAAUCCUAAUUGCAGUAGCCUUCCUUACACUAGUUGAACGGAAAGUCUUAAGUUACAUACAAGCUCGAAAGGGACCAAAUAUUGUGGGGCCCUUCGGACUUCUUCAACCCGUCGCAGACGGAGUUAAACUAUUCAUUAAAGAGCCCGUCCGCCCCACUACCUCCUCACCAAUUUUAUUUAUUGCAACCCCAAUCCUAGCCCUAUUACUAGCCAUCACCAUUUGAAUCCCCCUGCCCCUACCCUUCUCCCUCACUGAUCUAAACCUAGGCCUCCUCUUCCUCCUAUCAAUAUCAAGCCUAGCAGUAUACUCAAUCUUAUGGUCCGGGUGGGCUUCAAACUCAAAAUACGCCCUAAUCGGUGCCCUACGGGCAGUUGCACAAACCAUCUCCUAUGAAGUCACACUCGCAAUCAUCCUGCUCUCCGUAAUUAUAUUAAGCGGGAAUUACACUCUUAAUACACUAGCCACCACCCAAGAGCCCCUAUACCUAAUCUUCUCCACCUGACCCCUAGCUAUAAUGUGGUACAUUUCAACACUCGCAGAAACAAACCGAGCCCCCUUUGAUCUGACCGAAGGUGAAUCGGAACUUGUUUCAGGGUUUAACGUAGAAUACGCCGCAGGCCCAUUCGCCCUGUUCUUCCUAGCUGAAUAUGCCAAUAUUAUACUAAUAAACACACUAACUGCUAUUCUAUUCCUCAACCCAAGUUCACUCAAUCUCCCAUCCGAACUCUUCCCACUAAUCCUGGCCACAAAAACCCUACUACUCUCUUCCGGGUUCCUAUGAGUCCGAGCCUCCUAUCCUCGAUUCCGCUACGAUCAACUAAUACACCUUCUCUGAAAAAACUUCCUACCCCUAACAUUAGCCCUAUGCCUAUGACACACUAGUCUGCCAAUUUCCUAUGCAGGAAUCCCCCCUCACUUAAGG